AUGGUGAGUUCUGAUUCAGUGAAUUCAAGGGUUGAGACCUUGGCCGGCAGUGGAAUCUCAACCAUCCCAAAAGAGUACAUCAGACCUAAAGAUGAGCUUGUAAACAUUGGUGACAUCUUCGAACAAGAGAAGAACAACGAAGGGCCUCAAGUUCCCACCAUCGAUUUGAAGGAGAUAGAGUCUGAUAACGAAAAAGUGAGAGCAAAAUGCAGGGAGGAGUUGAAGAAGGCAGCUGUGGACUGGGGUGUUAUGCACCUUGUGAACCAUGGCAUCUCUGACGAGCUCAUGGACAAGGUCAGGAAGGCCGGUAAGGCCUUCUUUGACCUUCCCAUUGAGCAGAAGGAGAAGUAUGCCAAUGACCAGGCCUCUGGUAAGAUUCAAGGCUAUGGAAGCAAGCUUGCAAACAAUGCAUCUGGGCAGCUUGAGUGGGAGGACUACUUCUUCCACUGUGUAUACCCAGAGGACAAGCGUGACUUGUCUAUUUGGCCUCAAACACCUGCUGAUUACAUUGAGGCAACCGCCGAGUAUGCUAAGCAACUGAGGGAGCUAGCAACCAAGGUACUGAAAGUUCUGUCACUUGGCUUGGGAUUGGAUGAAGGGAGGCUGGAGAAAGAAGUUGGUGGACUUGAAGAGCUCCUCUUGCAAAUGAAAAUCAACUACUACCCAAAAUGCCCUCAGCCGGAGCUUGCACUUGGUGUUGAAGCUCAUACUGACGUCAGUGCACUCACCUUCAUCCUCCACAACAUGGUUCCUGGCCUGCAGCUUUUCUAUGAAGGAAAGUGGGUCACUGCCAAGUGCGUUCCAAAUUCCAUCGUCAUGCACAUUGGGGACACACUCGAGAUUUUGAGCAAUGGGAAGUACAAAAGUAUACUCCACAGGGGCAUGGUGAACAAGGAAAAGGUGAGGAUUUCAUGGGCAGUUUUCUGUGAGCCACCAAAGGAGAAGAUCAUCCUUAAGCCACUGCCGGAGACCGUGUCCGAGGAGGAGCCGGCAAUGUUCCCACCACGAACUUUUGCUGAGCAUAUUCAGCACAAGUUGUUCAGGAAGAGUCAAGAGGCUUUGCUCCCCAAGUGA